AUGACCGUAAGCCUGCACCAGCAAGCUUUUGCAGGAUUUUCUAACACGAAUGCUGAUAACAGAUUGGCACGGGGUGCAGCAGUGGGAUUUUCCGAAGAGCUCUCUCCAAUAUUGAACCUUUGGUCACUCAGCUUCCCAAUAUUGACAGCUCUGGCUCGUCAUUCAAGCUCAGGAAUGGGUGUCCCAGUAACAGACCUCUCCGAACUAGGAGCAGACACCAAGCAGAUCAUACGCGUGGUUAGCUCGCCGGCCAUACUAGCGAUGGGCCUUCCAAGGAAGGGAGGUCUAUUGACAUGACUAGGCUUCCAACUUGGGGCUGCACGGGCAGCUCCCGUAUUUCGUCGCAAUUCAGGUGGUUGAAAUAGUCCACCUGUUUCAUCCUCUCCUACCGGACUUCCUACCAUACCAGGCUCGCCGAGUAAGACAUCCCAUGGUAAGGAGGCUAGAGAUCCCACGAUUGAAGGGUCUUUUUACUGUUGGGUCGUGUUCGCCAAAAACUAGCGAGAACAUGUUUCUACUCGGGAGGAAUUCACCAAACGCGCUUAAUAAUGGACAGAAACCUGCUGUUGUUAGUCAAGGUAAAUAUUACGUAUCAGAGCGCUUAGCUUUUCGAUGGAGUGGCAUAGAACCAAAACCAAAGUAAUUACAACUACCAAUCAGAAGUAAGGAAAUUGAAAAGCAUAUUGAAGCAAAACUAUUGUAAUCUCGAAUCACUUUAAGCACUCAAUUGAAAGUUGCUCCAACAGGUAUACCAUCUAUAUAUAUAUAUACACGAAGACAUUCAGGACGACCCUCAGUAGAAGCCUUCAAAGUUCUAGAUAACCUUUUAAUUUUUUUUAAGGUCAAAAGAGAUUGUUCUUAAGUCAUAAGCUGGGUUUUCUCUGCUAUUGUUUUGCAAUCACAGAUUGCAAAACAGAGCGAAACAACAUUGUUGUUAACUUACAAUUUUAAUUCGUAAAAACCCCAGAUGGAGCACACGGAGGGCGUUAGGAAACUCAAUUUCGUUUUGUCUCUGACGGAUGCCAUUCUUGAGGUGAUCAGUGCCAGGGGAACACCUUUUACAGUGCUGACAGACUCUGUGGCCAUCCGACAAGUACGUAUUUUGAUGUUGUUUUUUGGCUGCCCUUGGUGAUUUGCGUAGUUUAACAGGUUAAAAGUCUCGCAUCCGUCUAUCAAUGUGACGGAUGAAUUGUUCGAUUAUUACAAAAAUUUGAAAUCUUUGUUCUCCUUCGUAACAAAUGUCGUAGCUAAUGAAUAAAUACUCUGCUUUUCUCCCUUUCAGAAAGAAGACCUCCUCGCAGACCAGAUUGGACUGAAAAGUGACGAGUUAAGGUAACAAAUUGGAUUUAAAUGAUAUAACUUAAUUUGAUUAGGUCUUACUAAUGAUCUAUUGGAGGACAGAUGCAAAGAUGACAUCACCAUUACCAACAUUUUGCAUUUUGAUUAUAUAAAACAAAUAGAUUCCAUUUCGCUGUGGGUCUGUAGAGUAAUAGAUCACAGAUGACGUCUAAGUGUGGUAAGAACAUCAAGGACACACUCGGCUGCGCCUCGUGUGCCACGUUUUGUUCUUUCUACUCUUUGAUAUCAUCUGUGAUCUAUUACUGAACUGACCCAUAGUAAGAUGAAAUAUAUUUGUUAAGGGGAGGAUCACUGGAAUCGGAUUUGCAAAUACAGACUUUACCUUGUAGCGAAGUAUUUGGUUUUACUUAGAUGUGACUUAUUAAGGUUCAAACAUUUUGUAGGAAAAUGGAACAGCUGGUACUGCUCGUGAAAGCUCUACGAGCUCUUAAACUGCCUCUUCUCUUCGCACGAGGAGAAAUCAGAGUUGGCCACCUAAAAUCCUCCAACGCCGUUAAGAAUGGUGAGACAGAUAGAUGCUCUGAGGCCUUACCCUUUUCUACAGGUGCUUGUAACAAGCCUCAACGAAGCAUUAAGUUUUUCUAUUAUCUUUGUUUACAAUUUUCAGUUUUAAACGACUUGAACAGUCGAUAUCACCAGUGUUUGGAGACAUGUAUGCGUGA